GAAGGAAAAAUACGUGACGUGCUUUAGGCUCCUCCUUCAGGGUUUCUAUUAAGUCCUGUAGGCAACUUUAAAUUCUUUUCGAGCAACUGUAUUCUUACAUUCAGUUGAUAAUUACACGGAGUAAAUCAUGUCUGGAAGAGGUAAAGGCGGUAAAGGACUCGGGAAAGGAGGCGCCAAGCGUCACCGCAAAGUGUUGCGUGAUAACAUCCAGGGAAUCACCAAACCCGCAAUCCGUCGUCUCGCUCGCCGUGGCGGUGUCAAGCGUAUCUCCGGUCUGAUCUACGAGGAGACUCGCGGUGUGUUGAAGGUGUUUCUGGAGAACGUUAUCCGUGAUGCCGUCACCUACACUGAACACGCCAAGAGAAAGACCGUCACUGCCAUGGACGUUGUGUACGCGCUGAAACGACAGGGACGAACUCUGUACGGAUUCGGAGGAUAAACGACUUUAUUCAGGAGAAAUCAGACCAACCCAACGGCUCUUUUAAGAGCCACACACAAUCUCACACAAAGAGUUGAUAUCUUUUACUUUACUGAUGUUUAAUUUGAAUCACUUUAACCAAUUUUUGUUAAAUUGUGCUUUUCUGCAAGUUGUACAAAUAAAUGGUCCU